AAUUUCAAAACCAAAACGCUAACGGCUAUUUCCCAUUCAUUUUCCAUUUCUGUCAAUUUCUCUUGUUUAUUCCUUCAUUCAGCCGACUGUGCUUCUCCUACUCUAGAUAAAUCUUCACGGUUUUCACUCACGGUUAGAAGGUCAGAACGGGGCUCAACCAAAUCCACCGAUUUCAUUCGCGGUUUUUGUACAUUCAUUCUUCUCCUGGAGAUUCAUGGAUACACCAAAACUGGACCAAACGAAGGCCAAAACGGGGGUCAACAACAGUAAGAAGGUCAGAGUAAUCGCAAAAGUCAGAGGUUUCACAGAUCUCGAGGCUGAAACUUCCAGUUGCGUGUCCGUUCACAAGCCUAAUGGAGUUGAGUCCGAAACUGUCUCCAUUUGCUAUGGUGACCAAUCCGGCAGCGGUAAGGAUUUGUGUGAAUUGGAUUAUUGCUACGAGAAAAAUGAAGGCAAUGAUACAAUAUUUACUAGAGAAAUAAAGCCUCUAAUAUCUGGGGUUUUCGAUGGCCGCAAUGCUACUAUUAUUGCUAAUGGAGCUAAAGGGAGUGGGAAGACUCAUGUAAUUCAGGGUUCUGAUAAGGAUCCAGGUCUGGCACUGUUAACCAUGGUUGAAAUUCUUUCUAUUGCUGAGGAACUUGGAAAAUCAAUUACUAUAUCAUUUUAUGAGAUUUUUCAAGAUCAUGUGUAUGAUCUAUUGGUUCCAAAACGGAAACAAGUUCUAGCUUUGGAAAAUGGUCAAGGCAAAAUUCUACUCAAGGGACUUUCUCAGGUACCUGUGAAAUCCAUAUCAGAAUUUCAAAAACUAUAUCUUGUUGAGCAUAAUUCACGUAAACCUCUGCAAAAGAUAGCAAUUCCCCAACAGAGCCAUAGAUGUUUAAUAAUACACAUAUCGUCUCCAUCAAAUUCCAUUCCUGUUGGCAAGAUGAAUUUUGUUGACUUGGCAGGUUAUGAGGAUACUCGAAGAAAAAGUAGUGAAGGUCUCAAUCUUGCUGAGAGUACUAAAGUCAAUAGGUCCAUACAUGCAUUACACAAUGUUAUUUAUGCUUUGAAUGCCAAUAAAAGUCAUGUGCCUUAUCGGGAAAGCAAGCUAACCCGCAUGUUGCAAGAUUCAUUGGGAGGGAAGAACAUAGUUCUGAUGCUCACUUGUUUGAACCCAUCUUUCAGCCAAGAUUCCAUUUACAUGAUGAGUUUAGCAUCUCGUUGUCGUCAAGGCAUUAAUCAGACUGUCUUAGACUCCGUAAAGAAAGCCAAAAGUUCAGCAAGGCUAUAUUCUUCACAGAUUAGUCAGUUACAUGGGAGCGUUUCUACCAAUAGGAAACAAAUUGGGAACCAACCACAUUUUUCUGUAAAGAAAGCCAAUGGUACAGUUUCUGAGAUGAAAGGAAGAAGACUGUUUGAUGAAGCAAGUCAUUUGACUAAUUCUGAGAAGAAGAUAUACCAGAAGGAAAGUUCCGUCUUCACUGCCCUACCAGAUAAAGAUUCAACUUUUGUGGCAGAAAAGGAUGCUUCUCCACUAGCAACCACUUAUCCACAAGAAACCACCAUAGCAGAUAAGGAUUCUUUUCUUCACGGUGAAAACAAUCACAGGGAAGUUAACUCAAGCAUCAAUUGCCAGUUAAUUACACCAUCCUUCAAUGAAGAAUGUGGAAACUUGGAUAAGGAAAACGAUGAUUCCCACAUCAAUAAAGAUGAUUCACCAUUAAUUAGUGAACGGUUGCAACAAAUAUCUAACAAUUUGAAGUUGCUUCUUUCCUCAACUCCUCGACACCCAGAGAUGCCACCGAGGAAUGAUUCUUCAUCAAAUGUUCAAUCUUGUACUGAUUUUGUGGAACCAAAAACUCCUGAAAGGAGAGUUCCAGUGAGUGACAAUAAGGAGACAAAAAUCAAUAGUCCAUGGUCAGCCAUUAACAUUCAUAGUUCUAAAAUGAAGGAUUCCGUUGUUAAAGAAUAUUUGAAGAUCUUAAAUAGCGGUAGCAGGGAUGACUUGAUAAAAUUAAAGGGAAUUGGGGAGAAAAGAGCCACCUACGUUUUUGAGCUUCGUCAGGAAUCUCCUGAGUACUUCAAGAGUCUUGAUGAUCUGAAAGACAUUGGACUUUCAGCCAAACAGAUAAAGAAGAUGGUGAGUAAGGGGAUCGAAGAGCUCAUAUAAUUUAUAAAAAGCAAUGGUUGUUCAGAUUUGUAUAAAAAGAAAAUAUUUUGGUAGAAGCAGGGUGAUGCAUUGUUAAUCAUCCUUUUUUUUUUAAUUUCCUUGUUGUGUUGGGUUGUAGAACUUCUUGUCUUUGAACUAUUUUGAGUUAUACAGAGGAGGAUUUCCUUCA